AUGGCUAACGCAUACGGAUCUGCCUUGGCCUAUGCGCUAUCUCACAUACAUCACAGCGUCGCACCCUGGAAACUCCUUUUCAUCAUCGAAGGUCUUCCCACGGUGUUACUAGCCUUUAUCACCUGGUUCUGGCUUCCAGACAAUAUCGCCUCGGCUCGAUUCCUCGACGAACGUCAAAAGCAGGUCGCCAGUAUCUUCGUGGCUCGAAAUCAACAGGCUGAUCCCAGCGGGUCAGGUUUCAAGCUCAAGGAGUGUCUUGCUGCAUUCAAAGAACCAAAAUCUGUUCUUUGCGGUGUCAUGUAUUUUUGUUACAACGUUUCCUUCGCUUCACUGCCACUUUUCGUUCCGACCAUUAUUUCCCAAAUGGGCAAAUUCACUCAAAUCGAGGCGAACGGGCUCUCAGCACCACCAUACCUCCUUUGUUUCUUCACUAUUCUUCUUAUCACCUAUCUCUCUGAUCGAGUCGGCGUUCGAGGUCCCUUCAUCGUCCUCUGCGCUUGGACAGCAGGACUUGGCUUUCUUCUGCAAGCCAAUACCAGCACAGUCGCACCUCGCUACGUUGGCGUCUUCUUAUCGGUGCAGAUCUUUAUUUGCGUUCCCCUCACCUUGGCAUGGGUUGCGAAUAUUCACCAGACUGAAUCAAAGCGAGCUGGAGGCAAUGUUGUCCUUGCCACUAUCGGGCAGUGCGGUCCACUGCUCGGAACCAACAUCUUUCCAACUAACGAGAAGCCUUACUUCCGCAAAGGGAUGUGGAUCAGCGCCGGCUGCUGCUUGGCUGUUGGCUGUAUAGCGAUUUUGCUUAGCACCAUGUUGAUCAUGGAGAACAAGAAGAUGGAACGAGAAGGGUUAAUCCCGAAGAAGGGAGAGAAGGCACAGCACAGCAUCGCCGAUGGUCAAUCGAAGGUGCCAAGGUUCAGAUAUAUCUGGUAA